CCCCCGGCUCCCUGCCUCCCAACCGCCCGCGCCUGCUGCCAGGCAGCGGCGGGGAUGGCGAGCCGUGGAGCCCGGCCGGUGACGAGAGCAGCGGCUCCGCCAUUGGGCGACGAGGCCUGAGGGACGGGCCGGCUUGGCGCACGAGGAGAGACUCAGGCGGCCCCGAGAGAGCCAGGGCAAUGGAGGCCAACAUGCCCAAGCGGAAGGAGCCUGGCAAGUCCCUCCGCAUCAAAGUCAUCUCCAUGGGCAACGCCGAAGUGGGGAAAAGCUGUAUUAUAAAGCGAUACUGUGAGAAAAGAUUUGUAUCUAAAUACCUUGCAACAAUUGGAAUUGACUAUGGAGUCACCAAAGUACAAGUCAGAGACAGAGAGAUCAAAGUCAACAUCUUUGAUAUGGCUGGACAUCCCUUCUUCUACGAGGUCCGCAAUGAGUUUUACAAGGACACGCAGGGUGUGAUGCUGGUCUAUGACGUGGGGCAGAAAGACUCCUUUGAUGCCCUGGAUGCAUGGCUGGCAGAGAUGAAGCAGGAACUCGGGCCUCACGGGAACAUGGACAAUAUUGUAUUUGUAGUGUGUGCCAACAAGAUCGACUGCACCAAGCACCGCUGCGUAGAUGAAAGUGAAGGGCGUCUCUGGGCGGAAAGCAAAGGGUUCCUAUACUUUGAAACCUCAGCACAGACUGGAGAAGGGAUCAAUGAGAUGUUCCAGACCUUUUAUGUGUCCAUAGUUGAUUUAUGUGAAAAUGGCGGAAAACGUCCUACCACAAAUAGCAGUACUAGUUUCACCAAAGAACAAGCAGACACCAUUCGCAGAAUUCGAAAUAGUAAAGAUAGUUGGGACAUGCUGGGAGUCAAACCUGGGGCCUCAAGGGAAGAGGUCAACAAAGCCUACCGGAAGCUUGCUGUGCUUCUGCACCCCGACAAGUGUGUAGCGCCUGGCAGUGAAGACGCCUUCAAAGCUGUGGUGAAUGCCCGGACAGCCCUCCUGAAGAACAUCAAGUAGAGCAGGAAAGACAGACUGGACUGACGACACCCCUAAAGGGAAGGAACCAACAGGGACUUUCCUUCCCAGAAUCUCACUGCUCUGCUCUCUCCUGGCUGUCAUUUAUAAAUCAGUAGCUCAGUGCCUGCUGCGUCUCUAGGCCCUUCACAGCGAGAUGCUGCACGUGGAGAGAACCAGGUGGCUCUGCUCACGGGCUUCAUUUCUGAUUGCCAGGCGGCCUGAGGGGCUUCCAAGGCCCUGGGCCGUAGCAUCCCUCCUGGAUUGCUUGGAAAAGUCCACUAGGUUUCUGGGGAGGGAAGAAGACAGUGGGACCCUUUGCUUUUUCCUUCCUUCCUUCCUUUUUUUUUUUUUUUUUUUUUAUUUAUCAUCAAAAAAGGAAGCAAAUAGGAGGGAAAAAACAAGCAAACAACAUCCAUGCCCCUGAGAGUUGACUGUGACCUUUCAAGCAAGUCGCUCCUUCUAACACGAGUUCCUCAGGGGUGUCUGGACCAUCAAGCCCUCCUUAGUGAACUCUGGGCAGCCCUUUGCACGAGUGUGAGUGGGGCAGAUGGUUCUGAGCUGCCCCUCUAGGACAUUCCCUGUUCCCUUAUCCAGCCACCAGGGGGAGAGACGAGCCAGUCCUAAAAGAGACAAGCAAUGUCAGCCAAUUCCUGCCCUUCCUGGAUCUCAGGCCUUCCCUGACAAAGAAGUGUUACUGACAGCAGUAGCGAGCACCAUGCACCUGGCAGAGAGGAGUCGGGCUCCAGGACAGAAGUACUUGCAGGUCACACCUGGAGACUGUGCUCACGCAUGCCCACAGGGCAAGGCCAGCCCAGCUGGGACCUGUUGUGUUCUAGGGGAGUCCUGGUGUGACACUUGCCUCUUUCGUAUUCCUCACAGUUACCCACGGGCAGGUGGGAAAGGCAGGUGCUCUUUGAGGAGCUUGGCCUCUAGGCCUCUUCUUCAAUUGCUCCCCAGAAUUAUUCUGCUUCUCCUCUUCUCUGCCUUUUCUAAAAAUACUCCACAUCUGCCAUGAGGUAUCUCUCCUCAAACCCUGGCCUCCUCCAUCCCCCCUUCCAAGCCUUGAUCUGGACCUAAAGAAAUUGAUGCUAUGAGAGCAACUGGGAGAUAUCUGUGUAGGGCAAAAUCUAUGAUUUCUGCUUGGGCUGCAAAUUUCUGGAUAGUAAUAUUUUUAAACUAUGGAUUAUGAAAAUUAAUUUCACAUAGAGAAUUGCAUUCUCCUGCCACAGUGUCCUGGGUGUUCCGGGGAGGAAUGAAGAGCAAGUAUCAGGCCUGGCGUUUGCUAUCGCACUUUGAGAGCCAGUCUCUCCACUUGACUCAUCCCACCAUCACUCAUUAUCUGACUCACAUUUUUAGCUGUAACCACUGCACUAAUUGGAGCUUUGAAGUAAUAUUACUAUAAUGUGAGUUUUGAACAGCUCUCCCAUAUUGAUUGCCAGAUAGCAUCUGCCUUCUCCCCAGCGACUGCAGUCUCCUGGAUCUUUGACCUCUGCCAAAGUAGCUUUACCUUGUACAGCUGUACUCAGGCUACAUUGAGCUUGUCAUUGAAAACCAUUGUUUUAUAAAGUGAGUGUUUAUCUGGGUGAUAAUCAAAAAUGCUUUCUUUUAAUGAUCCCUUAUGGGAUUUUCCUCUGGCCAUUAAAACAGCUUCUGAGACUGCAGAACUCCAACCCAAAGCUCUUCUUGGGCCUAAGUUUUGCUUAAGGCCUUCUUCAUGCCUCAAGUAUUCCAACAUGGAUCUGUUCUCUCAACAGAAUAUGGGAGUCAUAUGAAUGGGGGACCAGCCCAAGUCAAUAGGACAGCUCACUGAGUAUGUGGCCCUGCAAAACAGCUGGUGCCAGUUUUUAUCCCGGUGACUCUUCAUCCAACUACAUUGUGUAGAUGAGUAAUUAUAGCAGAGAAAAUUCUUUAGUAUUUCCAGUCGUAUCCUUAAGAGUGAGUAACUCAUUGAAACGUAGCCUGUGCUUGGUUCUUAGGUCCUGGGACUCAGUUUCCAACAUCUUCAUUAUUAACAUUCAGGAUGGCCACAUACUAUUUAUAUAGUAGGAAUAAAAUGAGAAAGUUAAGCCUUAGGGUCUGAGAACUUUUCUGAUUUCCAUAUCCUUCAGCAGGACAUGAAGAAAUAACAAAGCAUGAUUUGCAAUGAAAAGUUGUUUGGUAACUAACUUCAUGCAAAACUCCACAGACCUCUAUGCAUUCAUUAAAAUUCUUGGUGCAGAUGUGUGCUGUCUAGCUCAACCUAUUAUUUUCUUCAGCCAGUUAGGAUUUCAGAAUACACCAGUGACAGUCCCAGCUACCAGAUAAUUUCAGUGGCCAAAAAGUUUUUAUAAAGGAUCUUGUUUUUCAAAAAAGAAUAAAGAGUUUGAGCAGCUAUUAUUAAAGAAAAGCCAUGUAUGUCUUCCACAUCUGAGUCACCAAGAAGUAAAACUUUUUAAACUUGUUAGAAAUCCCUGGAGGCAUUUCAGAUUAAUCUUCCACCCUUCCUAAGCACUUUAAAAUACACUCCCUUGUGUUUCUCAGUUCGCCUUUUGUGCCUCCUUUUGAAUUGAUGUUCUCAGCUGUCAAUAUUUUUUGACUUCAGCACUGUAACUUUAUUUCUCAUAUAAAUGUAUCCUUGGUUUUAUUAGCUUGUUAAUUUAAAAGCCCAGACUUGGGGGGCUUUAUGUUGCUACCCAAGGUAAAUCACUAUACUUCUGUAGAUUGCACACUACUCUUUGAGGCUUACAUUUACCUCAGGAAACAUACUCUAGUAUGUUCUCAUGUAUCAAAUUCUCAAGAGGUAAACAUUUCUUUAUACCGAUAAACUGGUACAUAUUUCACUAUUAGUUAAAUGAGCCAUAGGUAAUGCAGUCUGAACAAUCACCAGAGUCAGCAAGCAACCCCUGCAGGCCGGAUCAGUCAGUUCAGAAGUGGCCAGGGGCAGGGAGGGAUUUCCAGCUGAGUUAGAAAGGGGGUGGUGAGCACUCACCUCGGAUAGUGACAGUGCCCCUUACAAGUAAGCUUGGCAUUUCCCUCGCCACUGUACCCCAUCAAGCUCACGUUAAGUCUGCCAAGAUUUUUGUAAAACUUUUGGGAAUGAAUUUAGCUGCAAAAUAGCUAACCAACUUCCACUGCAAGUUGUGCAGAGUGAGGAGCAGUUCAUGAUUUCCCCUGUUGAGCACAAUUCCAAGUCAUGCUUAAUACUGUCUAGACAUGAUCUCUCCAUUAGACAUUUCUAGAGAAGACAAAAGCUCUCAAUUGUGACACAGAGAGGUUCGACUGUGUCUAAUGAGCAGUGCAAUAUGAAGCUGUGCAGUGAAGGCCUCGCUGAAUGGCUUGUUGGACCGUUGGACAGGGUGGGUUUGCUUCGUGUGUGGAUGGCUCCGGGCCCUCCUCCUCUUGACUGUGAAUGCAGAGUUUAUCAAUAAACAAUAAACCCUUUACUCUUAUAAGGUAAUUUACAUAUUUUUGUUCUGUUGCAGUAGCUGAAAAUGUUAAAUCUACUGGUUGUUUAUGUCUUGUAUACAGAGUGUCAUAUGUAUUUAAGUUGUGUAUUUUUAUAAAGUAAAGUCAAAUAUCAAACACUA